CUAUAUGCUAGCGAAAAAUAUCUCAUCAAUAGGCACCCUGCCAUUCUUUUUUGCGCUUACGCGGACAAGGUCUCGUAUAGUGUUUGUAUGUUAACAACAAAAAGUAAUGUUAGUAUGAAAGUAAUGUUGGUAACAAUCGGCUACCAACGAAUAAUUUUCUACUUCACAAUUCACAUCAAGGUGUCUUCAAGAAAUACAAGUAGUAAGGGUCAAAGGGUCAUUCUAAGCAUGGCCUUUGUAGACCUGGGAAGUCUCUACCACUGUGCUAGAUGUGGCUGGAAAUCAAAGACAAACAAGAAAAGGUUACUUUUUUCACCACCCGUGAUCAUUGGGUGGUGUUAGAGCAUAAACUUUUCUUUGUCUCCAACCAUUAACUUAAGCUUUAUUUGAGUUAGUCCUUUGACAUUGUAUUGAAGCUUUGUUGAUCUUUUCUAGUUUAGUUCUUAGCAGCCUACAUAUUGAUUGCUGUGCAAGGUAUGGAGGAGUCACAAGGCACUUGGUCGAGUGGUUCUUGACGUUAUAUAGUUAUGGAUCAGAUAGAGGUCACAGAGCGGCGCCACUAGGAAUUUGAGUCAAUCACACUAAAAAAAUCAAUCCAAUUGAUUAGCUAGUUCAGUUCAAGAUUUUAUCAAUGCAUUAUUCUCUCUUCAAUAUUCCGAAAUGUGAUUCUAACAUCCCCCAAGUCCACAAAUAGACUGUUUCCAAUCUAACCGAUUGACCACUUGCAAAUGAAUAGUUUUCCUGUGAAGCAAAUUAAAAGAUCAAAAUGCAGCGGUAACACUUACAAGACCCGAAGCCGUCAGAACAGGAGUUUUAGUCAGGCAACUAUGUGGAAUUGGCCACAUGUCGAUAGGGUUAGACUUCUAAAUGCCAAUCUGUACAAAUAUGGCGGUCCAAAACCUUCUCUGGUACCAUUGGGACGGUCAAACCACACUAAAAGAUUGAAUUGUAUUAAUUAUUAGUUCAACUCAAAAUCUUAUUUACUCAUUUUUCUUUAAUUUUCCAAUGCAGGAUUGUAUAAUAUAAAUAACAAAAGCUUUUUCUUUUCUCUAAGCAGCUAGCUACACCCUACUCCAUGGGAUUUUGAUGGGUUUGUUGUUGUUAUAUUACUUUGUAGAAUAAUAAAUGUGUGCAAAAUAAAACAUUUUUUAGAUUAUGAAGACAAUAAAGCUUGAAUUUUUUAAAUAGAGUUUUAGUCCAAUCAAGCAAAAUGAUUAAACUCACACCAAUAUACAAUAUGCAAAUCACAUCUUAUAUCACACAUUUUAUUCAUUGAAGUUCAUAGUAAUCCAUGCUCCAAAGUGGAAAACAGUUCAAUAAUACAAUUUGUACAUUUAUUUGUAUGUUAAUGCAAUUCAUGAAUAAAUUAUUCCAGCAUAUGAGUUGGGUUGCUUCGUUGUGCUCCCCAAAUAGCAAGCAUAAUUGCAAGAAUUGCUCCAACCAGGAAAGGAUAUUCCUUAAUGAGUAUCAUCGUCUUUGAUUUGAUAGCCUGAAAUGUUCAAUAGAUCAUUAAGGAAUACUAAGCUAAACAAUUCAUUAAAUGGAAAAAGAAAUUUGAAUAAAUAAAAUAGUCGAAAACUCUCAAGCUAUAUUCUGAUACUAAGCAAAACAACAAUCAGUGAUAAUCUUUAGAUCAACAUUUGAAUGAUAACACAAUGCUCAUUGAGAUCCCAUUUACUAAACACUCUGCGUUACUUCCCAUAUAUAGCCAAUGUCGUACCUCUAUAGCGUGAUUGAGUUUUUUUCCUACUUCAACGAUGCCCUCUUUCAUCAACUCAGUACACUUAAUAUGUGUUACCAAUGUUUUGGAAGAAGGGUGAUCCUGCAUCAAUGGCAUCCCGGAGAAACGAUAUAAUGUACAAAAUUUUAUGGCGAUCAAUCAAUGUGUGUUUUUAGUUGCAUGAAAAAAAUUGAAGAAUAGGUCGUGUAAAGUAAAACCUGUGUGUUUGUUGUUUCUGGAUGUUCCGGAAUCAACCGAUCCACCAUACUCUUAGCUCUAGCUUUUGAAGCUUGGGCCAGCUUUUAAGUAAUAAAAGUAUAAAAAAUGUCAUUAGGAAUACCGAGAUGGGGAUGAAUGACUUAUUAGUUACUCCCUCCAUUCCAUAUUAAGUGUUUAAUAAGACAUUCUUGAUACAUUGAAAAAAGGAUGAAUGUAGACAGAGAGUGUGUCUACAUUCAUUCAUUUUUAAUGUAUCAAAAAUGUCUUAUUAGACAGUUAAUAUGGAAUGGAGGGAGUAUGUAAUUUGUAGAACGGCGAGCCUAAGAAGCUAGAGAUGAAAAAUGAAGAAAUGGAAGGUUUAGAAAUUAGAAGUUUUUAAGUUAUUACACAUAUAAAUUAUAGUACUUUGUAGCAUAUCAUGGCUUCUCAAAGUGACAAUGUGGUACCUCUGACGCCCACUUUAUAGUUUUUUCAACUUCAGCUUCAAUCUCUUCACUCGACUCAAGACACUUAAUAGGUUUUAUCAAAGUAUUAGAUGGUCGGACCUGCAUUAACAAGCAUUAACAUCCAUUUAAGUAAUGGGCAAAAUAUUUAAGGCAGUCAAUACAAAUAAUACACGCACACAUUCUCUCCCUGGCUCGUCUGUUCUUAGAACUUCAGUAUAUGGGUA